GCUUAUUUUUCAGCAGAUCAGCUUGUCAUAGUUUAGCAUCCCUGGCGCAGUUCAGGCGGGGUCAGUCAACCCUCGCGGCCGCUUCCCGGUUCCACUAGGCCCCCGCAGUCUCAGGCCACUCCUCACACAGACACUACACUACUCCUGGGAAAGAUGCAGUGCUACCUCUGCAUGACCUACGUUGUGUUUUUCUGCAACGCACUUCCAACUAAGGACAAGGAACCGACCAAUCAGCCCGAGCGGAGGUCCCUAUUCCGAGAUGUGAUCGAGUCCCUCCACAUCCGCGCGCAGCUCCCAGACGACUUGAACCAGCAUGAUGAUAACGAUCUCGCACAAAACUACGAGCGAUACGGCUAUGAGAAUGAACCCCCAAACCUGCCCAGCGACGCCGAGUUCAUACCUAGAAGAAACGACCGCAUUGAAAGAAUCGAUAUGCCAUCUAUAAAAUAUCGCUACCCUAAAAGCUUGUUCGAUAAGAACGACAGCAAAAGUCUAAGCGAGCUGAAUCUAUCCAACGUUCAACCGAAAGAGGAAAUAGUACUUUAUAUAAGCACUACAUCUGAACCGAAAGCCACGACCAACAGACCCAGGAAACCACAGAAGCGACGACCCGUCAACAAAGUGCAAUACCAAGAGAAAGAUGAAGAAGUAGAAGAAGAGACCGAAUCAGGCCUCCCGCAGGACCUGUCCUCUGUCAUCCCACUGAGGAACACUAUGGCUGGCCAGAGCCAAAUCGGAAACCGUGAGUCGCAAAUCGUGGUGAAACCCACUGUCAUAGUGAACUUCCGAGGCUCAGUCAGUCACAGGGACAGCGACAUCAAACUGUCUGGUCGCAAAACUGAAGACAACAGCACUAAGGGAGAAAUCCCUCCGAAUAUUUUCAACAUCAGGCAAGAGGUGAACCUUGAGCGGACCUUGCCGAGUCUAGCCAAUAGGGGAGGAGCUAAGAUAAAGGACAUAAGGGAGUCGGUGAGGGUUGAAGGUAAACUGCUGCAGAAGAGCGAAGAUGACAUGAUGAUGUGUGAGAGCGCCACCUGGAGUUCGGAGAAGAAGGUCCGCGGCGGGAGACGGGUCGACAAUAUAUUCCAGAUUCUGUUUUCGCUGCGAAAAUGA